UUGAUUUCUUAUGUUUCUGCGAAUCUAGCAUGACAGAAGAACUGUGUAAUGAAGUCGCUAAGUCAACAAGUGAUCAAACAGAUAAUCCUCUGUGGAGACGGUUCAGAUACCUACGUAUCACCGCGUCAAAUUUGUAUGCAGUCGCUCACUGCAAUACUGUAGAUGGGUCACUCGUCGACAUACUUCAUGGGGCGAAAUUAAGAGAAACGUCAGCUAUGGCCAGAGGUACCCGUUUAGAGUCCCAAGUUCUACAGAUCGUAUCAAAAAAGCAGAAAAUGACAUUUAAACGCUGUGGAUUGAUUACUCGUCCGGAACACCCUAUUUUCGGCGCCUCACCAGACGGAAUUAAUGAAAACUUUACUGUUGAGAUCAAGUGCCCAACUAACUACAACAGCUAUUUCAAUUUCAUUGAUUCGUCAGGAAAAAUAAAACCACAGUGCAAGGCCCAAGUUCAGCUGCAAAUGCAUCUAUCUGGAAGGAAAAAAAGUCUUUUUUGUGUUGCAAGCCCAGAAUUCGAGAUCAACAGAAAAGUGAAAAUUUUGCCAGUAGACUAUGAUGAGAACUAUAUAAGAGCCAUUAUGGUUAAAGCUGAACAAUUUUGGAAAAAUACCAUUGGAAAAUUUUUACUGCAAUGACUUGUUGUUCAUGUUGAAUUCUGUAUUGUCUGUGUACGCAACACUGAAGCAU